AUGAUAUUUGUACUACUUUUAUUGAUAUCUUAAACAAAUGCUCUUUAUUCAAAGAAACUAUACAGAACUAGAGGCUUUAAUGCUGUAGAAAUUGAUCUAGGAAAUUAUGAUGAAUUGAGUAAAGGGUCAAUUACAAUCAAUAUAAUACUAGAAAACAAUUCAUUUUCAACUGUUCCAUUUCUAGCUUAUUGCAACACAAAAAACUAAUAAAUAAUAAAAUCGAUAGUUAGCUCUCCUGAAUCAAUUAAAUAAUAAUUAGAAUCAAACAAGUAAUCAUCAAUAUAAUAAUUAGAAAAAUAUGUGUUUUUGAUAACAAUGCUAUGAUAUAUUCAUAACGCAUUUAAUAGAUUGUGUUAUCAGAUCAAGUAAAUGAAGAUAACGAAUAGGCUUAUAAUAAAUUUAGUAUCUAUAAGUUAUCCGAAAAACAAAUUUCAAUUUACAUCUACUCAUCGGAUGAUGCUUAAUAUAAUAUUAUAUUAAAAAGUUCUUAGAAUGGAGAAUGUUAUAAGUUAUAAUAUAAAAUAAUGUAGUUAAUGUAACAAUAAUGGAUUGUGUAUUAGUAAUUAAAUACUUUUCUGUUAAUGCAAUGAAGGCUAUUUAGACAGCACUUGUUAAUUGUAAAGUACUGUAAUAUUUGCUCCAAGCUUAGUUUAAGUAUAAUAAGAUUGUAAUUAUAGUUUGAAAUGAAAUAAUAAACUUUUAAAAAUAUUCUAACUAUCCCUUUGAAAGAGAAAUCAACAUCAUUAUAAAUUGAAGUAAAUUCAAGUGCAAGAAUAAUUACAUAUCUUGGAUGUCAACGUGAUAAAGAUUAUAUACCAUUCUAUUAGAGCAAUUCAUUUUAUUAAAAUGAAAUUUCAUCUGGAAUUUUAAAAUUUUCUAAGGAUGAUAUUUAAUAUUGUUAAGAAAACACAAAUAAAAUUGAAUCAAUGUUAGGAUUUAAUUUGGAUAAUUAUAUAAUAUUAUUAUUAGUAAAUGAUUAAAAUUAUAAUACCUAAGUAGAAUUAAAACUCUUCAUUGAGAGCAGUUAAGAAGAUACUUCUGGAUUAGAAAUAUAUUAUAUUUUGGCAGGUGCUUUAGGUGCUCUUAUUAUUGCAUUGCUUAUAAUUAUAUGUGUUAUAUAUUUUCAAAGAAAAGCAAGAAGAAUAAAUACUGGACCAUAAAAUGGCUAAAAUUCGGGAUUGGAUUCAUCUAAAAGAAAAUAUAAUCUAAAUUUUAAAUAGGAUUAUAUUCCAGUAGAAUUAUAUGAAUAAAUUAUUCAAGAAUAUCCUGGAUUAGUUGAAAUUUCAGAUUGUUAAAUUUGUCUUGUUGAAUUUUAGAAAUAAGAUUUAGUUAAAUUAACAUAUUGUCUACAUUUGUUUCAUUCAACGUGCAUCGAUGAAUGGAGAAGAAGAAAUUAAGUAAAUAAGUUAUAAAUUAAUAUAGACAUGUCCAUUUUGUAGAGAUGAUUUAACAAAGAAAAAACGUAUACAGUAAAGACAAGAAGAAUAAAUUUAUUAGUUGGGAGUAAUUUCAGGGGAUGCAAUGUAAAUAGAUGAAAACAAACUUGCUGAAAUUUAAAAACGUGAAUAAAGAUUGAAAUAAUUAUAAUGUAAUGUUUAUUAUUCAUAUUUUUAGAAACAUCUUCACCUGAUUCUGCAAAUGCAGCAUAAAUGAAGGAAAACACGCCAUCACCAUUUUUCAAAGGAGAUUUAGUGAAUUAGUAGCUCUGCUUAUAAUAAGAAAAAUGA